CAAUGACCCGAUCGUCUGUUACAAUCAUAUAUAUUAUGGCGACUACAAAAAAAACAGCUGAGCAAGUAUUUGUUGUCGGGGUAGGAAUGACAAAGUGAGAAACCAGUGCAGAUUAAAAACUUUCGUGACCUUGAGCUUUAUUUUUCAGUGUGUAUCGCAAUUUAAAAUUUUAAACUCAAUUUAUGCUUAAUAAUUAAGCUUAUUGUAAUCAGUAAAUUGUUGUUCUUCUUUUUAAGGUUUGAGAAGCCACUUACCAAGAAAUGGGACUAUCCAGGUAUACAUAUAAUUCUAAAAUUGACUUUAAAAUAGUGAUAUUAAUAUCACUAUUUUAAAAUCAAUUUUAGAAUUAUAUCUGAGUCAUGCCAGUUUUGUUCUAGCGGAAGGUCAGUAAGAGGGACAACAUUUCCUAAGAUAUCCCAGCAUUUUACUGUGGUCAUAACUGUCGUCUGAUUGUUAGAAAACCUUAAGACCUCAAUAAUCAGAGGUCAUUGCAUGAGCAGAUGUACAUGCACCUUUCUUUUGUCUUUGGACGACAAGAAAUAUUGGUUUUCCACCAAACUAUAGUCUAUGUAUGUAUGAAGGUGAGGUUUGGUGGAAAGUUUUUUCAUCAAAAAUAUUGUCUUUCCUCUCCUGUCCUGUUGCGUAAGUUCAAUAAUAAUGGACUCUGAGGGAAGCUGAUGGAUGUGUGUAUUGUUUUUACAGAUAUGGCAAGGGAGGCUGGAACAGCAGCACUAAAAGAUGCUGGGAUUUUGUAUCAGGAUGUGGAAGCUGUCGUAGCAAGCUACUGCUAUGGUGAACCAACCUCAGGUAAAGUGCAGGUAGCUGCAAAGUUUUGGAUGAUUUUUGAUUCCUUUCUGUCGUUAUAUACUUCAGUCAAACCUCCUCAAUAUGGACAACAAAGGAACAGAGAUUUGGGAUCCAGUGAGGUGUCUCAUCAUUACUGAUAGCAAAGGGACAGAGCCAAGUUUUGGUAUUACAGAGGGGUCUCUUUAUUAUUGACACCAAAGAGACAUAGCCAAGUGUCUAUUUUACAGAAUGAUGUAACAGAAUGUAUUAUACUGGUAUAUUAGGGAUUGCAUAAAAUAGCAUAACUUGCAAAGUAGUCAGUUUUUCUCAACAUCAGCCUUUUUGAAAGUGUGAAAUUCAAGACUUACCAUGAACUCUCACAUAAGCCAGUCACAUGCCUGUUGAGUCUGUGAGGCUUCCCUGUUAGCAGAGGCCUUUUUUCCCUGGUAUUUGGCAGGCGGGAGGAAAAGAGACCUCUGCCAUGGGCAGAAACGGACUUUGAUGAAGCCGCCGUCCAUGCUUAUGGACGGUGCUUUGCAAAACGCACGCUCCUUGUAGUGUUUACUAACAGUUUCUUGAGCCUGAUUAAAAAAAAAACUUUCACGCUGUAUGUGUUCUUGUUCAACCACUUUUACAAGACUAAUUUUUGUGUGAUCGAAGUUUUAUGAUUAUAGCAGAGGCCUCUUUUCCCUGUAUUCCUUUUUGUUCACGCGCUACGGUCAGUUACACAUGAAUUUGAGUUUGCUGUUUACUGUUCCUCUUAAGAGGACAGUAAACAGCGAACUCAGAAUCCUUCAAAAUUGCUCAAAAUACCACUUCUGAGGCAAAGGUUCUGUAGGUAAGGUAACACAAUGUUCAUUCAGCAUUGAACCAUGCACAUAACCAGCAAUAUACCACCUCAGAUGAAGCAAACAGUAAAUCCAGCACAUUUACUAUAAAAUUACAAAUAUUAUACAAUUAAUCAGUUUCACAAACAGACUGUGCACACUUUGCAUGGGCUCUCUGUUGAAAUGGAAAUCAUCACAUUCGUUGACAAAAAAACUACAUGAAUGUAGCUAUUCAGAUCCAGGUACUUUGGAGAAAAACAGAGAAACUAAAAUCUUUAUUGAGAGCUUUAAAAGGCUUUAACAGAGCUAGGUCAUCGGUACUAUAUAAACUGCAUCUGAGGUCAAAUCCUGUCAAAAAUAAACCACAAUAAGCAUAAAACAGACCAGCUUCAUGACUUCCAGAUGUUAUACUCAGAACGACAAAAAUAUAAUUUUCUCAUUCAAAGUUUAGAUACUCCCAGUGCUGUGCUCCGUGCACUGCAUAACCUACGUGAGCUUGUGAGUUGCGUUUAGCCUGUCAACACUGUGUUUCAAACUUAAUCAUGUACUACAAUGUUCACAUGAUGAUUAGGUCUCCAAGCAACAGCGGUGCAUGCUCAACAAAGCCUGUUCCGCCCAUGACAGAGGUCCCUUUUCCUCCCACCCACUGAGUACCAGGGAAAAGAGGCCUUUGCUAGCAAGGAACUGUUAGGCAAGAGUUAAAAAAAAAGCUGACUCAGGGCUCAAAUAAAAGUCCUGUGCUGUAGUCUGGGAUAAGUGGAUUUUCUAGCUGGGCAACCAACUUUUAAAGCUUACUAACCCAACAAGCAUGAGUCCAGGUAAGUCAUCUUCUAACAAAAUCAUUAACUAAGACAAACAAGAAGCAGCCCUUAGGAAGCAAAAUAUGAGAGCUGCCUUGCCCAAAGGACAAGCCAGAAUUCAACUUUUUUUUUCAAGCCCUGUGGCUGUUAGUUUCCCAUAUAACAAAAAGGAUCUCUUCCCAGUCUCACUCAUGUACAUUUUUGUUGUUGCUCCAGGGUAACCUUUCAUUUGAUGAGUGCUUACCUUGAACUACAAGAACACUAAGUGUUUUUGUAGUUCAAGGUAAGCAGUCUAGGUACAUCUGGGAUCAAAAGAUUUGUCUGUAAUAGGUAGCUGUCUGUAUUUUAGAGGAAUGACCCCUUAUGGAGAGUUUGACAAUUUACUGUGAAACUCAGAAAGCUGUGAGCAGUCAGCACUGCAAUAUUUUAGGAAUGCACUGUGUUGCAAAGAGUCAGGUGUGAGAAAACUAACUGCAAGCUAUUUGUUUUAAUUGACUACUUCACAAUCAAUGAUUCUUGAAAUACAGUUUUUCAGGUGAUCACCAUUUCUGAGUUUGACAGUAAUAUUAACUGGAAUUUUUUUGAAAUAUAAGAAGAUUCUCUUGUUUCAUUUGUAGGUCAAAGAGCAGUUUAUGGUAUGUAGUUCUUUAAAUUUCAGUGUGUGAAUUGUACCGUGUAAGUAUUGGUAAUGAUGUGUAACUGAUGAGGCUCCAAAGCGGCUUAGCCAUUAGCCAACUUAGUGGAGGGCUGCUGAAGUAAAUCAGUUGUAGUUCAAAAAGAAAUAAUUUCAGGUAAAAGGGUGUCAGCUUAAAUUGAAAUUUUUUUUAAACCUGAAUUUAAUUUGACCUGUAUCAUAGCCAUGCUCAGUGCCUUUUGCCAGAAUGCAUUCGAUUUUCAUUUAAACAUUUGAUGUUUAAGGGUAUUGGGCAAAAUUUGGAGCAGAAAUUAACCCUCUCACAGCUUCCUUUUUUUUGAGGCCCCUGGGACUGUCCCUUUUGCCCUUAAUCUUACUCAUUUGAAGGGUUACUUAAAAAGAAAAAAGCCUCAAGGUAACCGUGAUGAGCUGCUAGUUUCUUCUUUCAAAAAGCCUCAUGUUUGCUUGUAAAGAAGAGGGAGAUUUUGAUGUGAGAUCAAACAUCACUGGGCAUGUCCAGCUUGUUCUGAUAGGAUGACUGUUAACUGUUUUACAUCUAUGUUUCUUUGGAUUAACUAUUAAAUCACUAGCAUACACUGUCCUUGUUUCAGAGCUUGGUCUGACAGGUGUCCCUGUGUUUAACACAAACAACAACUGCUCUUCUGCAUCAUCUGCCCUUAUGCUGGCUAGAUUAUUGGUUCUCAGUGGACAGUAUGAGUGUGUUUUGGCAUUAGGUAAGGUAAAAUGUAUCAGUCGAUACCAUCCAAUUAUGUGUAAGUCAACAGUGAUGGGAGGGAAUUUGGGCUUUUAUAAAGUAUGCUUACUUGCCUUCGUUAUGACUUCACUGUAUUACAAUCAUGGAACACUGGCAGCCCGGUUUAUUCUUGGCAAAUCUCAGUCUGUGGAGCAGACGUUUUUUGUGUGUGUUUUUCAUAGUAAGAGGCCAAACAAUAAAAUUACAGGGGAAGGGGGGUGAGAGAAAGAACACAGAGAGAAUAAAACAGCUGUUCCGUAUUUGCCUUUUUCCCUCACACCUUCCCUCAUCAUAAACUCAUUUGACCUCUCUUUUGCUUUUGUCCAGCUUUACCUCUUGCAUUUUGUGCCACAAACAAAAAACACAACAACAACAACAACAACAACAAAAAACGCCUGCCGGCCACACAGGCUAGCCAUAUCUUUUUUUCCCGUUUUUCUCAAGUCAGGCGAUUCAGUGGACUCAUUUUUUCAGUCAAUUUGAAAAGUUGUCAUUUCUGAAUAAUUAUUGAAAGGACGUGUUAAAAUUUCAGUCCGAAAUACAGAAUAUUCUUUGAAAUAUGUGAUAUUUAAAACUGGGAUCUAUUUUAAUUUUUUGAAUAUAUCAUCCGAAAUCUUUAGUGUGGACAUUUGUAAAGGAUUAUGGCAAGUAGAGAAUCUAAAAGUUUUUAAAUUUUAUAGUCUACCUACGACAGUGUAAGUAGUCUUGCAUCAGCAAUUGUUUUUUAAUGGUUACUCUACUUCCGUAUUGUUAAAGGAAAAAAUCGAAUUUAGUGACAGUGUAAGUAGACUAAUCCAAAACGUUUAAUGCUAUUGUCUGUUCAUUUUUGUUUCAAUUUGAAGGUUUUGAGAAGAUGGAGCGAGGAUUAUCGGAAAGGUUUCAUGAUCGCGCAUCUCCUGUUAAACGUCACAUGGAUCACAUGAUAGCGAUCGGUGCCGCACCAGGACUAGUGAACCCACAAUUAAACACCAUGACAUCUGAUGUAAUCAAGGUAACAAUUGAAUACUGCGUUCGCACUAGAGAAAAACUAGAAUGCGGUGGACACGCGAGGAAAAAAGGAAAGGGAAGCGUCCCUCCUUCCAGUCGCGCCUAUCACAUUUUCGCGCUUCUUGACACAGGUAUCGCAAGCUCACGUCGAGUGAGAUUCGUUGUUGCAUAUUAAACAGAAAUAUUACAAAUAGCGUGUAUAGGGAUUUUAGCGAUUGUCAGUUAAACGGACAAAAAUAGCAUUAAAAAUACGGUAGAACUACAACUGUCUUGAAUCGCGUUCAAACGGCCACCAAAAACGCUGAGAAAUGAAAUAUAGAAAGUAAAAGCAAAAUAGAAACAAGAAGACUGGCAAGGUAAGAAAUUCUGACGUAUUUUUAAUGGUAUUUUUGACCGUCAAAAUAACGCGAUCGCUAGAAUCUCCAUACAAAUGUUGUUUUGCCAAUGUGUAAGGUCAUUUCGUAACGUUUGUGUAAUACGUAGCCUCCCUUGCAGACGUUCUUCUCGUGGGGCAGGAACGCGUGACGAACCAUUAAGAACGUCUGCGGGGGAGGCUAUGUAAUACGCGUUGAGAACAACAUGUACUUUAUGUUGCGUAUUCUUUCGCUCAGCGUCUAGUCUGCGUACAGACGUCUUCAAUUUAUUGAUUUUUCUUCCUUGGAAGUUUGCUUUUUGUUUGGGAAACCGAAUGAUAUUGUCAUUUGCCUCAUCUCUCAGAUCUCUCAGUCGUCUAGUCGUAAGAGCCAGGCUACUGUUUUUUAUUAUUUAUUCAAAGCGAGUAUUUUGUUUAGUUGAAUGGCAAAACAAAAAUAUUAAAAUCUUUGUUACCCUAAAAAAUCACUCCGUCAGGCUAUUUGCUAUCUUCUUAAAAUGCUAAAACGUGUCUUUGCAUCAAUUGAAUUCCAAAGAUAAUGGUCCAGUAUUAUUAUUUAAGACUAUAUUCAGGCAAGUUGUAUAGUGGCCUGCGUCACAGACGUAAUUUAACCUCGGUUAGGCAGCUCCGAGAUCCUUGUUCUGGGUCCUCAACGGACUCAACGAAUUACCGAACUGAAGUGGGUUUCGAAUUUUCCUUCAUCCUGAUUGGCAAAUCGACAAUGGCUUUUUAAAGAGCCAAUCACAGCGCGUGCUUAAAUCCUGGUACACAGAUGGGGGCCCAAAACAAGGAUUUCGGUGCUGCCGCGCAGACGGACAUAACCAGAGUUUAAUUUCGCCUGUGGUGCAGGCUAGUUGUAAUGCUCCCACACAAUAUCAUUUUUUAGUGCUCCCUGAGGAAAUUUGUUUAAUAUCUUCUUCAUAACUCUAUAGGAGCAUUUUAUGUUUGGGCUAAAGCAGUAAGUAACGACUUCAGCACAGAAUUGAUCUAAAACAGCAAUAUGCUGGUGGCAUGGUCCCUUUAAGCUCAUUUUUGUCACGUGUUUAAUACACAGCUCUUUGCAUAUGCCGCACAAGAGCACAGUACGAAAUAUGGAAGUACUUUAGAGCAGUGUGCAAAGAUUGCUUACAAGAAUCACAAGCACAGCGUACAUAACCCAUAUGCAUGCCUGAGGAAGGAGAUUCCUUUAAAAUAUAUCAGUGAAUCAAAGACCAUAUGCAAACCUAUUACACUCGCCAUGUCGGCGCCCACAGCAGAUGGGUCAGCAGCUGCUGUUGUGUGUUCAAGAGCCUUCAUGGAGUCCAGGGGAAUGCAGGUUAGCCUUCGAACUGGCCGUGAGAUCUUUAAUACCCUGGGUUCUAGAAUUUUUUUCUGCCUUGCGGCGAUCGGCUGCCUCGGAGAUUUUUCGGGCCGACGCGUCUUCGACCAACGACAGAAACCGGAAACCGUGCAAGAAAAGUCUCUCUUUGGCACCCAUGGUAGAUCUCUAACAACCUCCUGGGAAAAUCUUGACGAGGAAUCACAUUCGUGAUUGUUCUUUGUGCUAGAUACAAUAAUAAACGAAGGUCUUACGAUGUAGUCACUUGUGGUAGAAAACACAGCAAGGAAAUGAGAGAGCGGAUAGCGAAGGUAACUAUUUCUCUGUCUCCAGAAACAGUGACUAUCGAUAUACAGCAACCACAACCGACUGUGGUGAUACAAAUAGUAAUGCGUAAAAUCACCUUUUAGUUAUAACCUGAAGAAAACUCUUAAGUAGUCGAAAGGUCGCCAUCUAGGUCUCAGGUGAUUACAUCGUGAGACAAAUCAUCAAUUCUAUUUGAGGUGCGUGGUUACCCUUCACUACCCUUGAAUUGCUAUUUACUCUCUCACUAUAGCUAAGUAUAAAAAAACAUAAUUUUCUUGUUCCUUUCAUAUAAGAGAAAUCGUAGAACUCAUCGCAAAUAUUUGAUAAGAGAACUAGAAUAAUCUUAUUUGGGGGUCUCCAUUUACGAGUAUGUUACAGACACUUCCCGCUGUAAUCAAAGGUCUCAAAUAUACAGGAAAACUUAUUCAUCAACAACCUCUUACGUCGAUUGUCACCAAAAUCUGAAAAAAUCGUAAAUGCGGUUCUAAAUGCUCGUUUUUGUAAGCAUUUUAAACAAUAGCAAUUCCCGAGUUGCCCCAAGCUUCUGUUUGAAAACGAGGCCAAGUGCGAAGCCAUUACUGAUAGGAAAUGCUACCACAACAACAACAGUUUAUUCGAUUGUCAAAUGAGUUAGGUCUAUGUUACCCACAAUUAGCGGAGCUAUUCUAGGUGGGCAGCAAUACAAUAAUUGUCUUCUAUAAAGUCGGCAAAGAACUUAAGUAAGGAAAAAGCGAAAAUAAAAUGAAAUAAAUGAAUAAAUAAAAGGUAGCACCUAUAGUUGUAAGGAAGGAAAACACUUUAACUGAAUAAAGAGUUCAGGUAGGAACUGGCAAUAGUACUCAUGAUUUUUAUUCUCAUGCAAAUAAAACGAAUUUUCAUAAGAAAGGUUUGGCACUUAGCCUCGUUUUGAAAGUGAGAAUUUUGGAACUCCAAAAUGGCCUGUUGUAUCAACUUAAGGCCGCGGUGAAUAUUCAUACUAAUCAGGUUAAGCAGCAAUAUUUUCACGUAGUUUAGAGAACUUCUUAAACUUCUUCAAAAAUUCACAGGGAAAACCAAUUGUUAUUAAUACCUAAGAGCUAGAAUACAAAAAAUAAAAAGUGAUAUUGAUCUUUCCAUUCUAUUUCUUAUUGUAAAAUUCAAGCCACUCUACUCGUUGUCAUCACUGCUAGUUCACUUCAUAAUGUGAUCUGAGUGAACAGGGCUGUCCGGCAGAUAUUCACAGGCAUACCAACCGAACUAAUUGGGUAGUUUCUUUGUUUAAGAGUAAAGCUGUGGAAAUUGUUGCACAGCAGAUGGUCACAGACCUACCAUCCUCGUUUGAGCAGAGCUUUAUGGAUUUAGCUGGUGUUGGUAUGGCUCGUAAGGCUGCUGAAGACUGCUACAGAUCGUCAGGUCUUACCCCUCGAGAUGUCGACGUGCUUGAGGUGCACGAUUGCUUUUCCUGUAACGAGGUUAGUUGUCUACUGUAAAUAUUAUUUUCUUUCGUUAGAAUAAAAAAAAGAAAAAAAAACUGAUUGACCUUGACUUUGUAGGGGUGGCACAAUUGCUGGUAACCCAGUAGUUUAUAUUGUAGCCCACAAAAAUGGACGAAAACAAAUACAGUGAUAUUAAAAUUAACACAGCAGGUACUGAGUAUCCCAACUAGGGGGAUGCAAACUAGUUGGCCAUUAACCCUUUAAGCCCUCAGAGUGAUCAGCAUCUAAUUUCUCCUUGUAAUAUCAACGCUUUGUAAAACAGAGUGGUCAUGAGAAUUACGGACAUGAUCACACGAGAUGAAUUUGCUUGAUAUUUUAUCAACUUCUCCCCACUUCUUCUGUAGGAACGAAUAGAAGCAACAAAUGAGAAUUCAAAUUUUGAUCUUGGGGUUUAAAGUGUUAGUGAGCAAUGCCAAGGAGUUGAACUCGGGCCUUCCUAGAGCAAAUUUAGUUAGCGGUUAGAGCGAGACUUGAAAUUUGGACCUCCAGAUUUUCAAGUCCAGCACGCUAACCGCUCGUCCAAGCUUUUGUGUCUCGGAACAACGGCCUUUGACCUGCGUUGUUUCAGUGUCUUCCUCAGUCGUGUGGUGUGAUCUGAUUUAGCGGUCACGCGAUUGUCAAUAUUGUGUGGGAUAAAUAGUUUGUGUGACUUAGUCAUGUUGAGGAGAAACGAGAGUUGCCAGUUUCAAUGUCAAGCGGUGUGAGAAAUAAUGCCGGCAACAAACUCGAGCUAUUACGUCCAGUUUGUUGGCUUAUUAAUUUCUUUGGAUCGUUGCACAAAAUCUCUUCCAGAUUAAACGCGCACCGUUUUUCUAACUUUUUUGACACAUUAAUCAAAGCAUAUUGAGAAUAUUGGCGGUAGGUCUGAUUUGUUUUGCUCGUGACCCAACUGAAAAAAAUUGAGUUCAAUGUUCACAUGCCAUUUCUACAUUUUAUUUCAGCUCUUCAUGUACGAAGCUAUGGGACUUUGUCCACCCGGAAGGGGUGGAGAGCUAAUUGACUCGGCAAAAUGGGUUCCCAAUAAAAAAGGUAACAUUUUUUAAAACUGAAUUUUUCCAUUUUAUUUUUGAAAUUAAAAAAUAACUUCAAAGGUCAGUAAAAGUCAUUAGAGUCGUUAAUGAGGACGCGCUGGUCCCCAGAAGUCUUUGCGAACGUUAACUGGACCCAGUUUCCCUCUUGUUUGUAAAGUGGCAGGUAUUGGUUUUGUCUGUGUAGGUGGAGCAGUUUGUCGUGUUGGAGGAAGAUGGGUGGUGAAUCCCUCAGGAGGAUUAGAGUCAAAAGGUGAGUGAGAUUCUUUAAACAUACUACAUAAAGCCCGUUGUCUCAAUGAAACUUACCAUAUCCAGGUUUUUUGAGACAGCUUCUGAGGUCAAUGAGCAUGUGUACGACGUCACCGUGAUAAGGUGACUGCGUCUACAUGGUAACCUUACACAAGGACGAAGAUCGGUGGAUAUUUCCCUUGUCCCUGUACGGUGCUUUCCCUCGGUCAAUUCGCUCUGGUGACGUAUCCGAGGUGAACGGGCGGGAAACACACUCCAAUCACUUCUUCGCUGUUCGGACCACGUGGCCCGAAACGCAUUGGCCGCGCGGUAUCAUGAAGCCUAGGGACUAGAAAAGGUGGAUACUACGCUAAAGAUUUGUGAAAGCUUCCAUUUGAUGUGCAGUUUUUAAAGUUGAUCUCGUUUGGGUUGUAAAAAUUGUAUUUGAUAUUCAUUUUUCUUUUUAGGUCAUCCAAUUGGUGCCACAGGACUGGCUCAGUGUGCUGAGCUCAAUUGGCAGGUGGGUGUCCUGGUUUUUGUUCCUUGAAGCUGUCCGCUGCUACUUUAUUCCAGACGCAAUGGCUUAAAUCAGUUUACUUUUUUAUGGCUAAGCCUGCUGGAAAUCAGAAACCAAGAAAAAAUCUCUAUUUUCAUUUGUGCCGUCCAGCGGUUUUAGUGAAAACAAGAGUUUGGGCGGUUUGACCCGGGGUGCUCUGUCUUGCGGGCUCAUAAAUCCUGGUCUCGGUCAUUCUUAUCUAAGGAUUUUCUUUCUAACGCUAAGACUGUUUGAAAUUCCCUUUUCUUAUUCAAAUGCAUGCAUCUGUUCUGUUGUAGCUAAGAGGUGAGGCUGGCAAGCGGCAGGUUGAGGAAGCGACAGUUGCCUUACAACAUAACUAUGGCAUCGGAGGAGCAGCUGUUGUUACAAUGUACAGAAAAUACAAGCCAGCCUUUGAAAAUGCCAAAUUAUAGCAUUGUUUGGGAGCGCAGUUAGUGCUGGUCGAUAGCUGCAAAUCAUGCAAGAAACCGCAAUGAUCAAAUUCUGAAGGGCGAUUUCUUCUUGCUUCAUUGCUUGGCCUUCUGUACCUUACUGGCGUUUCUAUGAGACUGUCACACCCAACUGAUAAUGCCAAAAUCGCCGUACACCUCAUGCUGUUUCGCCUCCUCCGUGAAACUUUUGUUUGGAUCUGGCUCGCACCCCUCUCAGUCUGUCUUCAUCGUAAAACCUCGAUCAAAGUCGGCGGUGAUAAAAUACCACCGAGCUUUGAUCUGGUUUUGGUGGUUCUUAAAAGUGCUUGUUUUUUCCCUUUUUCUGAACUUUGGAAUCAUUGACAUAUCAUCAACACCAGGGCAAACAGACCUUUUGAAUUCCUCAGAGGCGCUGUGAGAGG